AUGGGACAACUUGCGGCCAGGACCAUUUACAAAGGCGUCUUAUGCGAAAUAUAUGCUUCAGGGACAAAACUUGCAAAAAGUAAAAAGAUAUUGCUCAGCGCCCAGAGAGCUCCCCUCUUGGCUAUGACCGGUGCCUACAACACCGUGUCAACGAACUGCCUUCCAGCAGUUGCAGGCACUAUGCCCCUAGAUCUGGAAAUCAGAAUGCACGUUCUAAAACUGAAACAGCGUGCACAGGAGAUCACGACUGCGGCAUUCGACGAAAGUGUUAGCGACCUCUUCGAUGAAUGGCAGCUACGAUAUGACACCCUGCCCAAGGGUAACUGGUCUAAGAAAAUGAUACCUUCAGUUAGAUAUAGGUUCAAUCUACCGAUGAAGCUGGAUCACUACACGACCCAGUUCUUAACAGGCCAUGGAGACUUCCGGGCAAAAUUGCACAGUUUUAAACUCGUCCCAGACCCAAUCUGCGAGUGUGACCAGAAACCAGAAACGGUUAACCAUGUCCUAAGGUUCUGCCCGCGGACGAAAAGUGCUCGAAUUAGGCUAAAAAGAGUCCUCAGCGACGAAGGCGUGUCGUGGCCACCGGCGGACGGGGCCUUCCUCAAAAAUAAGGCAACAUACGAGGCAUUAGCAAGAUUUGCAAGAGAAGCCCUCACCAACCGCACGGACAGAUAA